CUUCAGAAGCUCCCACCAUCUCUUCCUCAAUCAUGAGAUUAUGAGAGUCUCUGCAGUAGGGUGCGUCCGUCACCUUACAAACAGCUCUGAAGCGGACGGUGCCCUUCUCGUCAAUCUCACUUAAGACUGUGUGGUGCAGCAGGCGGGAUUUGUCACUGCAGCGCAUUGCAUGUGUCACUGCUUUUCCUCCACAUCUAGGCUACAGCUAGGAUGUCGCGCGAGGCCUAGUGCUUCUUCGCUAUCCGCAACGUUGCUGUCUGUCCAUCGUAUGCUCCGCCAACUUUCUCCGCUGGCCACUUUUUGUUCCCCUACCUCUUCCCUUACCCGACGAACCUUCUCCACGAGCCUCGCUACCGCCAUGAAGGUGCAUCCGAUUCCCCUGCGCGACGACAACUACGGCUACCUCGUCGUCGACGCUGCGCACCCCACAAAGGGCGUCCUCGUCGAUCCCUACGACGUGCCCACGUGCCAGGCGCACCUCAAGCAGCACGGCAUCACCGAAGUCGUGGGAAACAUCACCACGCACCACCACUUUGACCACUCGGGCGGCAACGAGGCCUUCCACAAGGCCUACCCCGAUGCGCCCAUCUUUGGCGGCUCCGACAAGGUGCCCUGCCUGAGUCGGCCCGUCAAGCACGGCGAUGCCUUCCCACUCUUUCCCGGCAGCAGCAUCCAGGUCAAGACCUAUGCGACACCUUGCCACACCCAGGACAGCACCGCCUUCUUCCUCGAGGACUCAAAGGCAAAGGACGGCGAGUACACGCGCGGCGUCUUUACGGGCGACACGCUCUUUGUCUCGGGCUGCGGCCGCUUCUUCGAAGGCACGCCCGAGGAGAUGCACACGGCGCUCAACAAGACACUGGCAGGCCUGCCGGGCGACACCGUCGUCUUUUGCGGCCACGAGUACACAAAGGGAAACGUCGCCUUCUCUGCAGGCGUCGUGCCCAACAACGCCGCCGUGCAGAAGCUCGUCGAGUUUGUCAGGACGGGCCAGAACAAGGGCGUGACGACGGGUGUCUUUACCAUCGACGACGAGAAGCGCCACAACGUCUUUAUGCUCGUCGACGACGCCGAGGUGAAAAAGGCCAUCGGUCUCGAGAGUGCCGGACCAGUCGAAGUCAUGGCCAAGCUGAGAGAGCUCAAGAACAGCGGUCAAAUGAUGGCAAAGGUGUGAGGAGCCGAGG